AUGGAAGCUGAAGGUGAUAAAACAUUGAAUGUUCAUCAACCACUACCUCCUCUAUCAACAAAACAAGAACUUGAAAGCAUCACAUAUAACAUUUUUUUAGAAACUCAAUCUCUUAAAGUAAACAACAACAACCCUAUUACAUCAUCAUCAUCAUCAUCAUCAUCAUCCCAAAACCCAUUCUUAGUUGAGAGUGAUGCAACCUCUAACAAUAUUACAAAUAACAUGGAUAAUGAUAGUUCAAAUACUAAUGACGCGGAUGGAAGUAAAACUACACCUUCUCCAACUUUUGAACUAUCAAAUAAUGAACACAAUGCCACUUCUAUAGACACAAGCAAUAAUGAAAAUCCAAAUUUAGAGGUGGCCUCCCAUGUAUCUAGAGAAUCGAGUGAUGUAAGUUCUAUAACCAAUCAUGAACAUUGUAAUGACAUAGCAGGAGGAGACCACUCAGCAUCCAUUUCAUCUGGUCAAACCCUAGAACAUGGCAUGAACAAAGGACCGGAAAUACAAAACCCUCAAGUACAAGUGAUGGAGCGUCCAAAUGAAUCGAACGCCACUUCCCCGUAUGUUUUUCCAUCUCAUGUAUUUUCUAGAAAUAACACAAAUGGCCCGGUAGAAUGGAGCACUGCAUCUAAUGAGUCUUUGUUCAGCAUUUACAUGGGUAACAUGAGUUUCUCUAGUGAAUUAGCCUGUUUUAAAUCUUGUGAAAUGGAUAAGCCAGGUGAUGCAAUCACAUGUGAUCAACCUAGUGCUUCACCGAAUAAUCAACCUCUAACACCUGUGAACAAAUUCAAUGAUAUAAGCCAAAGAACCGCUGAAUUGCAUGAAGAAGGAAUGAAGGUAACCGAAGCAAAAGCUGCUGAAACAAUGAGAGAAGUAAUAAUGGAAAGUAGUCGAACUACAGAGAUUAAGGAAGGUAAAAAAUCUAGUCCUCAGAUUCCUUCAGAUGGUAGCACCAAAUCCUAUGCGUUUCAAACAUCGAAAGAUAGAGAUAGAAAUGUUUCAUCGAAGGGUGCUGGAGAAAAGCAAACACCCCAAAAGAAAUCAGAACAAAAUGAAAAAACAAAAGAAGUUGAUGAGGAACCAAAGCCAAACACAAAUGCAGCUCCAACUCCAAAUAAAUGGCUAAGUUGUUUCUCAUGUUGUACAUUCUGUCAUUAG